AUGGUCACACUUCAGGAUGAAAUUACUAACACGACCAAACGCCUCAUCUACGCCUACGGACCAUCGGACCCCGCCAACGCCACCUCCUUCGAGUACCUGAGCGCCGAGGCAACCAGGGGCUCGCGCUACCUGCUUCUCUUGCAGCCGCCCGCCCCCUUCCCGCCCAGUCUCGAGGACGCCCGAACUUGGAGUCUUAGUCAGAGUCUCAGCCUCGCCAAGGACCAGCGAGAGGUCCACUGGUGCAACAUUGUCCGAUUUCCGCACCUGGAGUCCCAAGUGCACUACAUUGGGUUCGACAUGAAGCACGGAGAGAACUCCCGCAAGCACCUUCAUCACCUGACCAUCUGGGAGUGCACAGGAGACCCCAACUCCGCCGCUUACAGACAAGGGCGUGAACGUCUCAUGCACUACGCCUCACAACAAGGCCACGAGUGUUAUAGUUCAAGCAUGCCCCUAGACUACAACAGUUGUAACAAUCCUGUUAUUGUAUGGGCCACCGGGGGAGAGGGAGAGAGGGAGCCAGAUCAUGUUGGACUGCCCAUGGUUCCCGAAGUGGGUGAAUAUGCCUUCUUCCUGGUGGAGGCACAUUAUGACAACUCCCCCAUGGCAGACAGCAUUAGUGUGGAGUGGGGAAUCGAUGUCUAUUACACGGAUCAACUGCGAGAGUUCGAAUCGGCCUCGAUGUUCGUAGGCAACACUAUAAACUUCGCUCUGGUGAUCCCUCCGGGCAUAGAUCACUGGACCACUUCCGGCCACUGCCCCGCCGGAUGCCUGUUGGACGGAAUGCCUGAGACUGGCAUCAAGGUGUACCAGGUCUUUCUGAAAGCACACGCGCUCGCGCGCAGCAUCCGGGUACGACACUUCCGAGACGGCAAGGAGCUCCCGCCACUCGCGAUGGACGACUACUACGACUCCAACUUCCAACAGGCUGUACGACUUCAGGAGGAGAGGACUGUCCUUCCCAGUGACCACAUUACCACAGAAUGCACCUACGACAGCAGUGGGCGGUCGAACGCCACCUUCUCCGGCUACGGCGCCCUUGACGAACUGUGCUUGGCCGUCCUCUCCUACUACCCCCGCCACACGCUCGUCGAAUGCACCUCCUCCACGGACCACGACGUCCUGAAGCAGGCGCUGGGGAUACAGCAGCUGCAGAACGAGCAGAACCUCCUGGUGACGUCACAGUCUCGGGAGCCGAUGGACCUCCUCCUCCCGAAGAGAAACACCGACUUCCGCGCCUUCGUCAGCGGCCUCGCGUGGUCAGAGGUCGACCUCGGGAACUUGGAGGAGCGGCUUUCUCGAGGGACUCACGUUGCCAGAUGUAUGAGGAGAGGGGGCGUGCCUGCACAGGCCAUUAAACUCAAGACGAGCUACCCAGACGCAGCGCCCUACGCCCCCCCUGAGGUUGCGUGCCCUCGAAUGCUCGGACAAAAGACCCAACACGCCGGGGCAUCUUCCUCCGUCAGCGCCUUCUCCUGCAUCCUCCUGGCAUGUCCGGUCCUCCUCGCGUUCCUGUGGCAGUAG